UUCCGUGGUUUUUCUAUCUCUUUCCAUUAAGCUGGAUUUUCCAUUGAGCCGCCUCAACCCUUUGUAGUACAACUUUCUCUACCUUUAUUGGAGACCAUCUUCCCGGCAUAAACAUUAAUUUGGUUGGUUUCUGAUGGAGAAUUAUCAGAACUUCUUCGCUUGCUCGUCAUCGGCGCCGCCACCAGCUUCGAUGGGUUUUACAUCAAACAUGGAGAGUUCCAAUGUUUUCGGUAAUGUCCAUGGUCACAGUAUUCCAAAUGGGUUCUUGGGGUUGAAGUCCACGGAGAUCCAUGUCCCUACAGGACAAGAAGUCGAGAACAUUUCUAGGAGCAGUGGAGGCUUUGGUAGGUCUGAGAAUGAGGUGAAAUCUUGUAAGAAGAAGUAUGAGAAGAAGAUCAGGAAGCCCAGAUAUGCUUUUCAAACCAGGAGCCAGGUUGAUAUACUUGAUGAUGGAUAUAGAUGGAGGAAGUACGGUCAAAAGGCAGUUAAGAACAACAAAUUUCCAAGAAGCUACUACAGAUGUACCCAUCAGGGAUGCAAUGUAAAGAAGCAGGUGCAACGCCUAUCCAAAGAUGAAAGCAUUGUGGUGACUACUUAUGAAGGGGUGCACACACAUCCAAUCGAGAAGCCCACCGACAAUUUCGAACAUAUCUUGAAUCAGAUGCAAAUCUACGCUCCCUAAUAAGCUCCUCCAGACUCUGAAUUAUUAAUUUAUGCGUUUGUAAAGGGUAUAUAAUAUGGAUUUUAAUAUGACACUGGUUAAUAGCAAAGACAUGCGUGCAUGCAGCAGAUCAAAUAUGCUUCUGUUCUGCAGUACUAUAUAUAUUAUCAAUAGAAAUGGACAAUGCAGUAGGUGUUUACCAGUCA